UUUUUCUUCGAUCAUAAAGACUUGAAGUCUAGUUUGUGGAACUCUGCCUCCACCUCUGAGCGGAUGAAAGCUUUAAACCAGUUUUCUUCCUUCAAUCUAAACCUGCGUCGACCCAGGCCAUCCAAUCAGUCCACAGCAGCCUGCAACAUCGAGCUCGUUACUCCAAGAGUGAAGGAGCGCACACACAACGUGACAGAGAAGGUCACACAGGUCCUGUCUCUAGGUGCCGAUGUUCUGCCCGGGUACAAGCUUCAGGCCCCAGACGUCCACAAGUGGAUCAUGUUGCACUACAGUCCUUUCAAAGCCAUGUGGGACUGGAUAAUUCUUCUGCUGGUGCUCUACACAGCGGUCUUCACUCCGUACUCGGCUGCUUUCCUCCUUAAUGAGCUGGAGCAGGAGAACAGACACAGCUGUGGUUACACUUGUAACCCUUUAAAUGUAGUAGACGUAAUAGUGGACGUUCUGUUCAUCAUAGACAUCGUUAUUACCUUCAGGACGACAUACGUGAAUCAUAACGAUGAGGUGGUGACCCAUCCCAAGCUCAUAGCCAUCCACUAUAUCAAAGGCUGGUUUCUCAUCGACAUGGUGGCUGCAGUUCCCUUUGAUCUGCUCAUCUUCAGAUCUGGAUCAGAUGAGACGACGGCCACUCUCAUUGGUCUGCUGAAGACAGCCCGUCUGCUGCGCUUGGUCCGGGUUGCCAGAAAAUUAGAUCGAUACUCAGAGUAUGGCGCUGCAGUUCUCUUCUUGCUCAUGUGCACCUUUGUGCUUAUUGCCCAUUGGUUGGCGUGUAUCUGGUACGCCAUUGGUCAUGUGGAGAGGCCUUACAUGAAGACAGGCUGGCUGGAUAACCUGGCCGAUCAGCUGGGGAAGCAUUACAAUGACAGUGACGCCAGCUCAGGACCCACCGUUCAGGAAAAAUACGUGACUGCACUCUAUUUCACCUUCAGUAGUCUGACCAGCGUAGGUUUCGGGAACAUCUCUCCAAACACCAACUCGGAGAAGAUUUUCUCAAUCUGUGUCAUGCUCAUUGGCUCUCUCAUGUAUGCCAGCAUAUUCGGAAAUGUCUCUGCAAUAAUUCAGAGGCUUUAUUCAGGAACAACACGCUAUCACACCCAGAUGCUCCGGGUUAAAGAGUUCAUCCGCUUCCAUCAGAUACCUGGAGAACUGAGGCAGAGACUGGAGGAAUAUUUCCAGCAUGCCUGGUCCUACACCAACGGCAUCGAUAUGAAUGCAGUCCUGAAAGGUUUUCCCGAGUGUUUGCAAGCUGAUAUUUGCUUACAUCUGAACAGCAGUCUGCUGCAGAACAGUAAGGUGUUCAGAGGGGCGAGCAAAGCAUGUCUGAGAGCUCUCGCCGUCCACUUCAAAACCACCCACUCGCCACCUGGAGACGCCCUCUAUCACCACGGCGACGUGAUCAAAGCUCUCCACUUCAUCUCCCGCGGAUCAAUUCAAGUGUCGCAACAUAACAUUGUGCUGGCCAUCCUGGGAAAAAACGAUGUCUUUGGCGAGCCUAUAAAUCUGUACACAGACCCUGGUCGCAGUAACGCUGAAGUUACCGCACUUACCUACUGUGACCUUCACCGUAUCCAGAGAGACGAUCUCCUAGAGGUGCUGGACAUGUACCCUGCAUUUGGCGAGAGCUUUUGGAGGAACCUAGAAAUCACUUUUAACCUACGAGAUGCUGAACAGAUGAUGACCAGUGAAAAUAUGGACCGUGGAUACCAUAUGAAUGGCAUACGACACCAAAACUCACUAGACAGACGCAACAGGCCAGACGGAAUGGACCAGAAUGACUCCUACCCAUCUCGGAUGUGUUUGGCCCUGGGUCGCCAUCAUUCUCCAAGCGCUCACAUGCACUGGGAGGAGCUAUGUAGCUGUGGAAGCUCUACUUUGCAGUCCAGUGAAGACCUCAGCAAGUCUCCCAUCAGCCACUGUGAGCUGUACACCUCAGACGCAGAUCACCCGGACUACCCCUCUCCCGUUGUGAGACUAAUAACACCGCGAGGUGCCUCUGGGGUCAGCAGAGAGCCUGGCAUGCAUAUGGGGCAUUUGGCUCCAUCUGGAUUGUACCAUUACUGGCCUGACCACCAGGCGACUCAGUGCCCCCUCUCUGUCCAGAACUCAUUCCCAUCACCACUCUUUGAUCAUCAACCCUGUGAACUUGAGUCCAGACUGGAGCUCCUGCAGAGCCAGCUCAAUAGACUGGAGACCAGAAUGACAGCAGACAUCAAUGUGGUCCUUCAGCUUGUCCAGCGACAGAUUGCUCCAGUGCCCCCAGCAUAUAGCACUGUAUUACCUGAGAACCACACUCCUGAUCCUGCUGUAAUGUACGGAAGCAGCACACCAGUACUUCACAGCAUGUACCCGAUCCCAAACAUUCAGCUGGACAGCAGAAAUACACACAUUCAGAGUUCAGCUCAGCCAGCUCCCAUAUUCAAGUCAAAUUCCCAGGGUUCACUGUCCAGUGGUGUUCACAUGGGAGCCGCGUCAGACGACUGCGUACCAGAUAAACUGGAAGCGAAUACCGUUUCAGCUCCAGCCCUUCAGCCCAUUUUGAAAGACGCACCACGUCUCUAUUCGUCCCUCCACUUUCCCUCAUUACCUGGCAACCUGGACACUUCUUCACUCCUGGAAGAAAUUCCCAAACACAUGUCUGACCCUGCCUUACCGGUCAGCUAAAAUCACAACACAAUCUGCUUAUCGUGGCAGAACAAUGAGAACACAUCAAAACACAAUCACAAUCAACCCUGCUGAUGUCCCCAGCUUUAUUGCAUCGUGGUGGAUGUCAGGAAGACCACCUUGGAUAACCAGCCCAUCAGUUAGGACAAACCUUAUAAACCAGCAUAAAAACUCAAGCUUUUCAAUUUAAAGCAAAAAAGGCAGAUUGACAAACAUUUCAAUACAAACACUAAAGGCCAAAAUCCUACUAAAGCCAUAACAUAAGCAUUUCGAACCUCAAGAUGAAUGUCGGUGACCAUUAAUGACAUGUUUUACAUGCCGUGAGACUCAGGAAACAGUCACAGUACAGCAGCCGAUAAUGUUUUGUAAUGAUACAGUAAACCUAACCAAAGAAAGCCUCUUCAUGUCUGGAGCAUUCUGUGUAUUUACUGUAAUUAAAACCAUGUUCAGUCCCUUUUUUGUAGUUGAGAUUUGUCUCUUUACAGAAAAUAUUUUAAAACGUAAAUCAUCCGCACAAGUAAAAAAUAUGCAUUUAAUAUUAGAAUAGCAGUUUAGACAUUUGAUUAGUUUUUCACUAUUUCAAAAAAAUUGUCGCAUUCAAUUACUGAAAAAGCUACAAAUUAAAAGAGAAAACAGGGUAUUUUGGGUGCCAGGUGUAUUGGUUUAUCAGAUGAUACUUUUAAAAUUCUAAAUAAAAAGGUUUGUAGACAGUCUUUUCUGGAAAGGUUUGAAUGUUUUGAAGUAGUUUUAGUUCAUCUGGGUGGUCGCUAAGGUGUUGCUGUGCAGUUGCUACAUGUUAGGGUGUUCUGGGUGGUUGUUAAGGUCUUGCUAUGCAUUGCUAGAUGUUAAGGUGUUCUGGGUGGUGGCAAAGUUAUUGUUAUGAAUUUGCGUCUUGUUAAGGUGGUUACUAGGGUGUUGCUAUGCAUUGUUACAUAAUGUGUGGCUGCUAAGGUGUAUUCUGAUCUGUUGCUAUGAAGUUGCUAAGGUGUUCUGGAUGGGUGUUUAUGUUAAUAGACUGUACUUUGUGUGCUGGGUGAUCAUUAAGCAGUAAUAUAUAUAUUAGUAAAAAAGUAUAGUAAAUAAAUUCAUAUGCAAGAUUUAAAUCCACAUUCAUCUGUUUUCAAACGUUGAGAAAUCCACAUUCUCAACGUUUUAAGCUUUCCAUUUUUAUAUUAAAAAGAUUUUUACAGGAAUAUGAUAUCAAGAGUGUCUGCUGAACACUGACCUCUGUGUGGCACUGUUUGCUGAUGAUAUACGACUGGAACAGCACGAUAUUUGCCCAACAUCCCUCGACUCUUAUCAUUAAACAUCAACACUAUCUUCUUUGUCUCUACUUCCUCAUUAUGUGACUCAUUGGCCAGUUCAGAUCAGAUCAGUAAAUGCUACUUUUGUACUUUUCUAGGUUUGAGUUCUGAAGAUGCAGCAUCUGUACGUUCUUCUAUUUAUGUAUCUGCAUAUCAAAGGAUGAAUUAAAAAGUAUAUUUUUUGAAGUUAACUUUAACGCAUACGUAGAACUGGUAACUUUUGAACAAUGAUCUGAACACUUAAGCUUAUGCUUACUAAGAAUAUAUAACACUAACAGAAGAAUGAAUGUAGCUUAUAAAUAUUAAACGGGACAAGUUACACAGAUUGGGGUUUGCAUCUCGCAAGACGUUUUGUAGAAUAACUUAAAAAGCGGAUGAAAUUGUUCACCCCGGUUGUAGGCAUCAAAACGUACCUCCUUACCAGUAAUACAGAAACACUAAUAACUCACUUGGUGCAAGUUUAACAGAAGCACUGUUUAAAAUAUCCCUCAAAACAUUUUUGCAAACCAUUAGAGCUCAUAAAGCAGAGUGUACAGAUCACAGUGCAUCCAGUAAAUUAUUGUAUACAGUAUAUUUACAAUCAAACUUGUUGGCUCACAAGAAAAAUAGCAAUAUUACAUCCAACUCAAGCUGAGAUUUGGACAAUUACGCAUAUAAAAAGUACAACAUUCAGUAUUAAACAUUCAAAGUGUGUAUAUUUUGUUAAAAUUGUGGCAACAGCAGAUUUUAAAGUUCCUUCGAUGCGCUUUCAUAGACUUUGGAUCCUGAAAUAAUGGUGGCUGGAUAUAUGGCGUCAAACAUUGUGACACUGUAAAUGUGAGUUUUCUAAAAAAAAGAAAAUAUGGAAAUUCGUCCUAUGCAUCUUGGGAAGAGUAAACGUGCCAGUAUAGCAUCACAUAGCAAAAGAAGGCAACUAAAAGACUGUCAAAGGGGAGGUGCGUUAUUUCUGCAUCAGUGGUGGACUCGUACUCAAUUGCAUUACUAGUAAAGACUCUCCAAUGGAUCGCUACUGCAUGAUUUUGUAUAUAUUUCUAAAAUUUUUCCAACUGAAUCAAUAGCCUGGACCAAAACAACAGUGUAUAUAAUGUUGGCUAUCCAGAAACAAGGAAGAAAUCCCUUACUGUGAAAAACUAUUAAGUCAUUGUUUGAGCCUGACGUCCAUUAGCGCACAUAAUAUCACUCUCUCACUCCAGUGACUCCAUUCACUCAGUUCAUUAUCUGUAACUACUGCUUCACACACUCGCAAAGCCGAAUCUCUCAUUUCGUACUCAGGCAAAUCAACAAUCAAACGUCUGGAAUUUGAUCUGGUUUAGAGAAAACAACUGCAUAACUGCAAAUGGCACCAAAGAAUUCGGCAAGGACAAAACAUUCACGUCUUUCCUCAAAGAAGUGACAUAUUAACUGGACGCUGGAGUCGGGUAGUUAACAAAAGGCACACGUUGUCAUUCGAAACAAUGGAGGCAUUGAAGGGGGGUUCGUCCAGCCGGAGGCCACAGCUGCUAAUUUAUGGAAAUCAGACCACAUUCUUAAACAUGAAGUAUUUACUCCACAACACUGUGUUUAGUGUUAGCAGUCUUUCUGCGUACAUGUGAGGCACAUUUAAAUGAGUGGGAUGUGUCGUGCCUAAAAGACGUUCUUAUAAAGUAAUCACAAUAGACGUCACGCACUUUAAACGAUCACGUCUGGGGGUAACGUCUUAUUACAAAUAAACCAGUCGUUCUGAUAGUAAGGGCAUCAGUUAAAACCACAUUGUAUUCGUCACUGCAAAGAAGAAAUUCAUAAUAAAAAAACAUACAGGAGAUACAUACAACAUACAAGAUAUAUCCAGGUCAUAUUUUAUCCCAAAAUCAAAAAGGACCAAACCAUAUUUUUGCCAAAAAAUUAAAAAUAAAUCUACCAGUUCCAGUAAGACGUUUUGCAUCAUGACAUUUAUUUUAAUUAAGAGCUCCUCCAUUCAUGCAUGAUGAAAAUUGUACUGUAUAUAUAUACACAAACAUUACGUACAAAAUUUUGGAAUAAUCACGAUUUAAUUAAGUUUAAUUUAUUUGAUCCAAAAUACAGUAAAACUGUAAUAUUGUGAAAUAUUAUUACAAUUUAAAAGAACUGUGUUCUGUUUUAAUUAGUGCUCUUAAACAAUUAAUUUCGAUUAAUCGCAUUCCAAAAGUAAAAGUUUUUGUUUAUGUAUGUGUGUAUGUGUUGUGUGUAUUAUGCAUAUAUAGUUACACACACGCACGCAUAUAUUUCAUUUUUUUUUUUUUAUAAUAUAAAUUAUACGAAUACAAAUAGACGUAAACAUUCUCAAAAUAUAUACUGUAUGUGUGCGUACUUAUAUAUGCGUAAUAAACACACAAAUAUUAUGCUAACAAAAACUUUUUGCAAUAUGACCUGGACACCUGUUGCUUUACAUAUACAUCUGUACAACUGUUACCCAGCCCAUAAUCAAGAUAGUCAAUGCUCAAACACAAGGAAUUAAAAAAAAAAAUACCCAAACAAAUGAGAAAACCUGGAUAUGUCACAGAUAAGAAAUGUUGAUGAAUCUUCAAGG